GAUGGGAACGUUCCAACAAAUUUUGUCUCAAAAAUCGUAUAAUCUGAUUUUUCCAGGUGUAACUUGACUCUUUAUUGAAUAAGUAAGACUGAAUCGCCAUGCGAAAUGAGCAUUUCGGGACAGCUUUUUAGCAUAGAGAUUUUUAACCACAACUACUUUAUUUGUUUAAAUCCAUCACGCUAAUAUGACAAGUGACUUGACUGCUAGAUUUUAUUUUCUGAUACAUUAUGAGAUUGCGAUCGUCCAUUCGCAGAGCGAGUAAGACUUUUAAAUGUGUACAGAAAGGUAACGACGUCAAAUCGAAACCUUAUGUUACCAGUGUUAAUGUUUCUGGAAAGAUCAAACAUAACAUCUGUGAACCUAGCCCAACAAUUCCUAAAACUCCUCCAUUGAUCUGUAAAGAUGUAUCGAGAAGUAGACGGAUUAAUAAAGGAAAGCAAACUCCGAUUAUUCCAGAAGACCCCUAUCUUUUUAUAGACAAUGAUAGUGAUGAUAACAAGGAGAACGUUAUUCCUGACAGUUCAAAAGAUGUAACCAGAAAGCACACUAGAAAAACGCACUCAAAUGUUAAGGUAAAGGUGGCCAACCCCAAACAAUCAAAGUCAAAGCAGUGGCCUGCAUCAACAGCAUUCACAAAACAAUAUAUCCCUUCAGGAAAAUCUAAUGACGCUAGAUACGAAGGCGCUCUACAUGCAAACACACCUGAAUCGAUCGUGACAGCUGUUCCACUUGUAUCAAAUACAGUAAAUCCUAUGUCUGCUCCAAUUUUCCCUGAAUCUAACCAGCUAAUUAGUCCAGGGAGUUUGACAACCUCUUGUUCAGUCACAAAAGAGGCUUCUCCUUAUGCUGAAAGUAAAACGGUUCCUCUCAAUUUUCAUGAAAAGGUUUGUGAUUCCUGUCAGGCUACUAGUAGCGUCUCAAACACUCCUGAAUGUAGGAAAUGUAUUUCUAUACAUAAUCUAGAAGAAUCUAUCCCAAGAUAUUCCAAAACAACACUGACUUCUUUAAAUCCGCAAAUUGCCUCAACUCCAGCAAUGUCGAAUGCUAACACCGAGUUACAGACUAUGGGAUGUCAUCCACUUAUUCCAACUCCGAUAAAUUAUACCUCAAUUAAAAGAAACGAAAAUAGUCACGAUGAUUCCAGUCAAGUUUUGGAAAGCUAUUUACCAAAUAACUCAUCUUCCUCUUCUAAUCCACACUCCGGUACGACAAAUAACAAAAGCUCCUCUCAAGAUUUGAGCAAAGAAUCUACUUCUAGCAGCAAUCGGAGACGUAAACAAGCGUCUGAGAGUGAAAGACAGAAAGCGUAUGAUUCAUGGCUAGCUGAAUUUAACAAUGAACUACAGAAGUAUGAAUCAUUUGAAUUAAGUGUGGAAAAUCAGGCCCUAUCAACAGAUGAUCAUUAAAUUGUCAAGCUACACAUCCUCCAUAAAUUUCAGUAUCCUUUAUUUUCUAUUUAUUAUUUAUACCAUUUAAGAUCUUAAUAUUUCAUAUUUAUUUAAUUUAAACCCGUACAUAUUUACAUAAUACAAAUAUAUCUAUA